GAACUACUAUAUAACACAAUACUGAUAGAAGUUUUCAGAGGAGGAUACCAGAAUGACUCAACAUGUUAUGGAAAUGGAUUCCGGAGAAAAGCGUCUCAAUGAACUUGGUUACAAGCAAGAACUCAGAAGGGAAAUGACGUUGUUCAAGACACUUGCAAUAACAUUUUCAUGCAUGUCAGUGUUCACUGGUACACCUCUCUAUGGACAAAGCUUGCAUUAUGCAGGUCCUGCAACUUUAAUAUGGGGAUGGUUAGUUGUCACCUUCUUCACAUGGUUUGUCGGAAUCGCCAUGGCUGAAAUUUGUUCUUCUUUCCCGACUACAGGUUCUCUUUAUUUCUGGGCUGCCCAUUUGGCCGGACCAAGGUGGGGCCCAUUUGCUUCAUGGUGCUGUGCUUGGCUUGAGAUCAUUGGUCUGACUACUGCCAUAGGUGCUCAGGCCUAUUCAGCAACACAAGCAUUUCAGAUGUUCAUUCUUAUAGCCACUGGGACAAACAAGGGUGGAGGCUAUUUUGCUUCAAGGAGUGUAUUUGUGUGCAUGUAUAUGGGCAUAACCCUCAUUUGGGCAGUAUUAAACACUUUUGCUCUGCAAUUCAUAGCAUUGCUCAACAUAAUCUCCAUAUUGUGGCAGGUGAUUGGUGGUUUGCUUGUGAUUAUAAUGCUACCUCUGGUGGCACAGUCCACACAAACAGCUUCUUCUGUCUUUACACAUUUUGAAACAUCUCCUGAGUCGACUGGGAUAUCCAGUGUACCUUAUGCAGUGGUUUUAUCAGUGCUUCUGAGCAAUUACUGUCUGUAUGGGUAUGAUGCUGCAGCUCAUCUUACUGAAGAGACAAAAGGUGCAGAUAAAACUGGACCUAUAGCUAUUCUCUCCAGUAUUGGGAUAAUAUCAGUGUUUGGUUGGGCUUAUUACUUAGCUCUCACUUUCAGCAUCCAGGAUCUGGACUAUUUAUACAGUGCAGACAAUGAGACUGCUGGAGUACUUGUACCAGCACAGAUAAUAUAUGAUGCAUUUCAUGGAAGGUAUCAUAAUUCCACUGGAGCUGUGAUUUUCCUGUUUAUUAUCUGGGGUUCCUUCUUCUUCUGUGGGCUGUCUGUCACCACUACUGCUGCCCGAGUAGUUUAUGCUGUAUCAAGGGAUAGAUGUCUGCCCUUUUCAUCAGUGUGGAGAAAAGUAAACCCGAAGAACAAGGUUCCAACAAAUGCCGUGUGGCUCUGCGCCGCCAUCACUAUGCUUCUUGGAUUACCCAUCUUGAAAAUGGACGUAGUAUUCAUAGCCAUCCUGUCAGUUAGCACCAUUGGCUGGGUGGGAGGUUAUGCUGUACCAAUCUUUGCUAGGCUGGUGAUGGCUGAAGAGGACUUCAAACCAGGACCCUUCUAUUUGGGUAGAGCAAGAAGGCCAGUUUGUUUGGUGGCUUUCCUCUGGAUAUGUUAUACCUGUUCAGUCUUCCUAUUGCCAACUUCUUACCCCAUCAGAUGGAAAACUUUCAACUAUGCACCAGUUGCCCUCGGUGUUGUUUUGACACUGGUGAUGCUCUGGUGGGCUGUGGAUGCAAGGAAUUGGUACAAAGGACCUGUAAGAAACAUUGAUGUACAAAAUGGAAACAACCAGAAUCCCCAGAUACACCACUAACUAGGAAAGAAGCUAUACUCAUGUAAACCUGAUUUCUGGGUCACGUUCCAAAUUUUACGAUACUGAUCAAUCCAAAAGAAA